AGGAGCAGCACACGAUCGUUCAACACCGUGAAUUUAGAAGAAGAACCACAGAACUUUCCAGAUCUACCUCCGUACUAAUUAGACGUUAUUGAAUGUCUCGGUUCUCUUUCAUCGGCCGCUGUAACGACUUUGGGAAGCAACGGUUGGAGAAUUAUCAAACAUGCCUGUGAAGAUUCACGUCAACAGUCCCAAUGUCAAGUAUACGGACACACACAUCGAAGCUCAAUAUUCCUACCACUCCACAUCCGUGCACAAAAAUGGCAAUACGGUCACAGUGAUGCCCCGCUCCACUGAGAUGACCAUUCGUACGGAGAAACACGUGCCCCGCCUGGGGGUUAUGCUGGUGGGCUGGGGUGGCAACAAUGGCACCACGGUUACUGCGGCUGUGCUGGCCAACAAGAUGAAGCUCACCUGGAACACAAAGACUGGACUCAAGAAAGCAAACUACUUUGGGUCACUGCUGCAAGCUUCCACUGUGUCUCUCGGAUCGGGGCCUGAUGGAGAGGUCAACGUUCCUUUCUGUGAUCUGCUACCCAUGGUGCACCCCAACGACAUCGUCUUUGAUGGCUGGGAUAUCUCCUCGCUGGAUCUGGGAAGAGCAAUGGAGCGUGCUCAGGUGCUAGAUUGGUCACUACAAGAGCAGCUGCGACCAUAUAUGGUCGUCAUGAAACCCAGACCGUCCAUCUACAUCCCAGAUUUCAUCGCCGCCAACCAGGAAAGCCGGGCCGACAACGUACUCAGCGGGACCAUGGCGGAGCAGGUGGAGCGCGUCCGAGCGGACAUCCGUGACUUCCGGCAGGUCAGUGGAGUGGAUAAAGUGAUCGUGGUGUGGACCGCCACCACCGAGCGCUUCUGCGAUGUGGUGCCAGGCAGAAACGACACAGCGGAAAACCUGCUGGCUGCCAUUCAGGGGGGCUCAGAGGUGUCUCCCUCCACUUUGUUCGCAGUGGCCAGCAUCCUGGAGGGGUGCGCCUACAUCAACGGUUCCCCGCAGAAUACAUUCGUACCAGGGGCCGUUGAGCUGGCUCAGCAGAGGGGGGUCUUCAUCGGAGGGGACGACUUCAAGUCCGGACAGACCAAGAUCAAGUCGGUGCUGGUGGACUUCCUGGUCAGCUCGGGCAUCAAGCCAACCUCCAUCGUGAGCUACAACCACCUUGGCAACAACGAUGGCAAGAACCUGUCUGCGCCGCAGCAAUUCCGCUCCAAGGAAAUCAGCAAGAGCAAUGUGGUGGACGACAUGGUGGGCUGCAACUCGGUGCUCUACGACCACGGGGAGAAGCCCGACCACUGUGUGGUGAUUAAGUACAUUCCGUAUGUGGGAGACAGUAAGCGAGCCAUGGAUGAAUACACGUCUGAGAUCAUGAUGGGCGGCCUCAACACCAUCGUUCUGCACAACACCUGCGAGGACUCUCUUCUAGCCAGCCCCAUCAUCCUGGACUUGGCCAUCCUGACGGAGCUGUGCCAGCGCGUGAGGUUCCGUCCCGAUGGCGAGGACCACUUCCAGUCCUUCCACAGUGUUCUGGUGCUGCUCUCUUUCCUAUGCAAGUCCCCCCUGGUCCCGCCGGGGACCCCCGUCAUCAACGCCUUCUUCCGCCAGAGGGCCUCCAUAGAAAACAUCUUGAGGGCGUGUCUGGGCCUGCCCCCUCAGAGUCACAUGUUGCUGGAGGAAAAGCUACACAGGAACUUCCUCUCCUCGCAGCACAUCAAUGGCGACAUGGCCACCUCGAAGAAGGCCGUUGCCAACGUCAAUCACACUGAGGUCACCAACGGCGUCCACGCGUACGACUGAAACGAUGCCGAGCACUCCAAGUAGACGGCAAAUGUUACACAAAACCUUUGAUCUAACACUGUAUUUCUACAAACAUGUUACAGUAAUCUGCACACCUUUUAUAUGGAAGUUCAUGCUCUUUUUGCUGUUGAUUCCAUUUCUACACCUUUUAAGACCGUCUAACGCACUUAUGCGUUAUUCAUUAAAGCUGUUACAGAAGCACGA